GACGAAACGAAUUGCGGAGUCGAACUAAAUUAUUGUUACUACAUUACAUACAGUCCAUACUACUCCAGAACUCCAGCUCAUCGUCGACGCAAUCAAUCCUCCUCCUCUUCCACGCCACCUGCCGCAAUCCUCCGUGCGUUGCGCUCCUCCUUCGAAGCGGUAUGCCAUUUCCGACUCUCUCGAGCGCGAUCCAGUCAUGAGCAAUUUUGGCAGCGAGCGGAAGUCAGGGCGGGACGCAGUCGGCGACCCCGUCGAACCGGACCUCCACCGCUACGACCACUCGGGAUCCAAUGGCUAUGCACGGCAGGAUGAUCUCCCCGAAAGAGACGAGGAAGAGCUGGAUGCGCGGGAGGGCCGCAGUCUCAUGCACGACAUCGAACUGGGCGACGACACCUUCGAGAACGACGGCAGCUGGCGACAGCGACUCCGGGCCUCUGGGCUCAAGGCAUUCAUCUACAUCACCUGGGCGAACCUCCUGCGGACGAUCUAUGGCUUGGGGUUCUUCGGCACGAUCCGAGCGAUCUUCAACUACCCCGAGCCCGGGAUCAAACUCCGCCCGACGGCCUGGUUGGACGGUCUGCGAGGCCUGGCCGCGUUCGAGGUCUUCAUCUUCCACUACGAUGAUGGCUGGAUCGACCGGUCGCUCGGAUGGGGCAACAUCAAAUUCACCGACCCUGCGUGGUACCGCGCGCCUUUCAUCCGCACGUUCUACGCGAGCGGGGACGGCGCCGUGUGCUUGUUCUUCGCCAUCUCCGGCUUCGCCCUGUCGUACAAGGUCUUGACCCUGAUCCGGACGCAGCAGCACGAGAAGAUCCUGGCGUCCCUGUCCUCGUCCGUGUUCCGUCGGGGCAUCCGACUCUACAUGCCGGUCGCCAUCGAGACAUUCAUCCUCAUGAUCGUCUGCCGCAUGGGCCUCCCCAAGCCGGUCGGAUAUGACUCCGCACCGACGCUAUUCCUCGAGAUCCAGAACUGGGCCCUCUCGUUCUCACGUCUCCUCAUGCCGUUACGAUACCCCGACCGAUGGGACAAGAUCAUCGACAAAUACGACGGCGGCAUCUCCUGGACCAUCCCCCUGGAAUACUGGGGCUCCCUCGUCGUCUACGUCACCCUCCUGAUGUUCUCCCGCACGCGGUCGCGCAGGGUCCGCCUCGCCAUCACCACCCUCAUCAUCCUGACCGCCUUCCACAAAGACGACUGGAUCGCCGCCGUCUUCCUCCUCGGCAUGUCCUACGCCGACUACAAGAUCGACCACGAGGCCGGCCUCAAAGCCGAACGAUCCCACCUCCCCACCCUCGGCGACCCCAAGCGACGGAAGCCCUGGCGGCCCACCCUCGGCCGCUGGCGCUCCACCUUCUUCUUCGCCGUCUUCCUCUUCGGCUUCUACCUCGCCGGCCUCCCCGGCGGCCGCAUGGUGCACAACCCGGACGACCCGGCCGACUACCACAUCGAAUCGCGGCCGAGCUUCGACUGGAUCACGCAGCCGAUCGCGUGGAUGGGCUGGUACUUCCAGCGGCAGAUGGACCGGUACAUCCUCAGCUUCGCGGGGCUGGCCCUGCUCAUGGGCACGGGCGAGUCGCCGGUGCGGCGGCUGAUGGAGACCCGCUUCGUGCAGUACCUCGGCCGCAUCUCCUUCGGCCUGUACCUCUGCCACAUCUUCCUGCACGCCUGGCUCAAGCCGCUGGACUGGCACUACAAGAGCUGGGUGGGGCUGGACCCGGCCCUGACCGCGGCCGAGCAGCCGCGCGCCGCCCACGCCCGCCUCUUCGCCGCCUACCUCAUGUCCAUGGCCCCCGCCACCGUCGUCAAUUUCAUCGUGGGCGGCCUGUUCGAGCGCUUCCUGGACCGCCCGUCGGUGAACGCCGGCAGGCGCUUCGAAGAGAUCUGUCUGGCGGUCGGCGGGAAGAUGUCGGCUUCGGAUGGCGCAAGGCAGGAGGAUCCCUCCGAUUCUUCCGCGGAUCCGCAUGGUUUCGGCGGGCAGGAGACGGGGGUGAUCCGGUUGGAGGAUCUCCCCCGCGAGCGGAAUGCUCCUUAGAGGAGGGAGGGAAGGGGAGGGGGGGCGGGUUUUUUUCGGGGGUUGGAAAAACCCCGUGGUUUUGCUUCAUUGUUUUUCUCUUCCUCUCGUCCGAUUCUGAUGUAGCUAUCUUUUCCCUCUUAUCUAUUUUAUUUUCGAGAUCCGAAUAUCCUUUGAUUUCUAUCCCUCUUCCCCAUUGUGGAAGAAAAGGGGGCCACCGGUACAUCUAUUAGAUGAUUAUUUUCUUCCACCCCCUCCCCCCCUUUGCUGCGAAAGGGGGAGCUACGGCUAUAAUCUACAUGUUUUCACCCACAUCGCCCGGAAAAAUCAGUGGGCUCGUUUCCCUUUCUGAAAUAACAAAUCCCGGCA